GACGGGCAUCAAAGAAUGUAAGUGUUUAGUGUUGAUUCAACUCGCGUGUUGUUUCUGUUCAUUAGAAUUUUUAGUUUGACUUAUCAUAAAAUCAUAGCACACUCAAUUCAUGUUUCAUCGUACCAUGAAAGCCAAUUAAAUACAAUCAUGAUGUCAAAAUAUUUAUUUUCUUUCAUUUUUUUCACUUGCGUUGCUGGAAUUUGGUGUCAAGCAAACAAAGCUAGUAGUGGAAGUCAAAGUAAUGGAAAUAAUAAUAAUAAUAAUCAAGUUGUUGAUGUCAUAGAAACUCAACCUGGAGCCGAGGCAAUCAAGAAUGACUUAAUAACUCAAACUGUUUAUGGUUUCCUCGAUUUUACUACAACUAUUGGGAAUACUGUGAUGGUGUUUAGUCCCCAUAGUGCUCCUCCUGAAGGUGAAAAGAAACAGAUAACAUCAACAAUUCAAACAAAACCUUCAGCUAUCAUCAAAAAAAAUAUUGAUAUUCAACCAAGUAAGACACACAAAGGUGAUGAUAAUACUCUUCAGGAGCAGAAAAAAUCAAUCAAAAAUACAAAAGUUGUUGUAAAUUCUAUAGUUCAAGCACAAUAUGAACCCAAAAUUCAGGCUACAAAAAAUCCCAUUCUUUCAACGGUCGUUCAAGUCCGCUCUAAAGACGAGAGUGCGGUUAAAAAUAAUUUAGCUGAACCAGAAUACGAUUAUUUAUCAAAACAACCAGCUGAAGUAAUUGAUGAGACUUAUAAGGUAAUUAAUUUAAGUCCUACUACAAAACAUGCGCCAAAGCCUAGGCCAUCACCGAAAAAGGAGAAAGAGAAUCCCACGGGUCUUGUGACAAAAUUGGGUGGAACAAUAAUCAAAGAUGGAUUGACAACAGUACAUGAAACAUCCGUGAUUGGUACAUAUAUUAAUGGAAAAUAUGCCCAAGUCCUUCAAAGCACUUCCCGGAUACUUAAGCCAGGAUCACAAGGUCAUUUAGAUAACAAUAUUAAAAUACGUCCGACAAAUACACAAAAAAUACUCAAGACUAUUGGACCUCAGCAUGGAAAGUUGAAGCCACAAUUGGAACCAACUCCUACGCAACAAGAGGAAUCUUCAUUGCCCCUUGAAGUCCUAUUUAGUGCUCCUUCAGGAGCCAAUGUUAAAGUAACACGAAGACCUUCUUUAAACAAUGGAGUACGCCCUAAAUAUAAAAAUAAGAUUUCUGAUGAUCAAGAUAAUAUUGAAAGUUUUCAACAACCUAAAAAUUAUGAAAAAAAUCGACCAACAACAUUACGGCCCAGUUUCAAAAAUCGUCCAGUCACUACGACAACAUCAGAACCACCUACAACUCGUCGAAGAAGUGGAUUUCGUCCAUUAAAUUCAUCUCCGAAAUUGAACCGACCAAAGUCUGAACAAAAUUCUAAUCCAGUUGGAGUUCCAAAAGUCAAGUUACCACGAACCCAAGGUCGUUGGUCUUAUAAAACAACUCCAAAACCACGAAUAGCAAUAAGAAAGCAAACCAUUGAUGAUGAGGAAAAAGUAGUUUCUACUCCAGAGACUGUCAUUACAAGUGAUGGAGCGAUUACAUCUACAACGGAAGAGAAAUCACUAUCUCCUCCGGUUGUACAGAAGAAGGUUUCAGUUUCGGAAGGUGUGCCAGUAGAUGAUGAAUUAGAUUCAAGUGAGUCGGAACAGGUAAAUUCUACAAGUGAUCAGAGCGAUCAAGUUGAUGCUAUUCUUCCUGCGGAAACUUUGAAUGUGGAAAUUUCUACUGUCUCAGACUUGAAUGAUAUUUAUUAUGAGAUAGCUACAAUUAAAACUCCUUAUACUUUCCAAGUUGGAACUAUGAAAAAUACUCGUUAUAUUACAGUGACAUCAACAUUAAAGAAAUCAUUUGCAACAGCAGACCCAACGACACCUUCAUCAACACCUACAGAACCAUUGACAGAAAAUAUCUUAGCAAACACAGGAGCAGCUUAUGAAUCAUCAUUACCGUUAGAUUCAUCAAUAGCAACACUACCAGCUAUUACUCUUGAGUCAGGACAAAUGACUCCACCAUUAGAAACAUUAACAGAGACAUUUACAACAACUCAAACAUUAUUAAAAACAUAUUUAUUGCCAGUGGUAGCUGCAGGAAAUACAACUAGACAUACUUUAGUUCAAACUUAUAAUAUAGCACGCAUGGUAACAGCAAUCAAAACAUUACCACCAUCAGAGAUUUAUCAGUUCAUUCCGUCAAAAACUUUGAAUGAAUUUAAUUCAAAGUUGGAUGAAGCAGGUAGUGAAUUACACUUAGAAUUAGACUUUGGUGACGAUGAAAACGAUGAUGAAGAUAUUCCUAAAAGAGUUUUGGUUCCAUCCUCGGAUAAUUCUGAUUUAGAAGGUUUUAAAUCAGCUCAAAAAGCAUCAAGUGGUAAAUUAGAGGUAUCAACAUCGAGUCCUGAAUCUCAAUUAACUCCAGAACAAGCUCAACAGUUGGCUUUACUCAAGUAUUUUAAUCAAGCCGCUCCAGGAGCUCAAGUUAUCACAACUUCUCGACCAAUAAUAGUUUUGGAAACUUUGUACGAGUCUCACGUGAUUCCUUUAGUAAAUAACGGCAAUACUGUUUACUCUACAUUAACAAGACCUGUUGCAACUGUUCCAAAGACAUCUUAUGAGGUUAGAACUUCAACUAUUUCACCACCUUUAGUGCCUCCUGUACCACCAGUACCAAUUUUCCCUCCUCAACCGCAAUUUACUAUUACCAGUGCACCUAUAAUCACUCAGACUUUGGCUACAGUGUCAGAUUCUAGAAUUCUUAAACUUACCUUUGGUGCUAAGACAGCUUACACUACACUCUUUUCAACUCGAGUUGUCCCAACGGAAAUCACAACUUAUGUAACUACAACGAUUCCUCUUCAGCCAACGGUUCCAUCAUAUCCGGGCUAUUUCGGACCUCCUGUGGGUUUCCCGGCAUUCCCAUAUGUUGGGUAACUAAACAUAAUUCCAUUCAAAUAAUGGAAACAAAUGGAGAAUAGUAAGAUUAUGUCGAUCAUUUAAGAUUUUGUUGCAUUUACCGAUAAUAAUUUUUUUAUUAAUUACCUUAAUAAUUAAUAAUAAUUUUAGUAUUCUAAGCCAGUUGAAAAAAGAAAGUAUAUUUUUAUUGUAAAUAAAUUAUUUUUAUUGAUACUUUAUCUUAUUUUUAGAAUUUUUGUAAAUAAAUCAUUGAAAAUAUAAUAAGACAAACUAUAAUUGUUCAUUAUUUUGGUCAUGAACUAGGUGAUUAAAAAAUCUUGAAAAAUAUUAAAGAUACAAGUAAUGAUGUUAAUCUACGCAGAAAAAAAAAAAAUAUGACUGAGUACUGUAUUACAUAGUAAUCUUUCAAUUAGAAAUUAUUUUCAUAAAAAUUAAGUUAAAUAUAAGCACAGUACUGAAUCAUGUUUUCUUUUUUCCGUGUCGAAUGGAAUGUACGGUUUCAUUUUUGUAUGACCUCUAAAACUAGCACCUCUGCUACCUUUGUUAACUUGUUUACACAAUUAUUAUAUUACAAAAUAAUAACAUUUAAACGCGAUCCUAAUCUGUAUAUGAUAUAUUCUCGUUCAUCUUUUUAUAUUGUAAUAAAUAUGUAUUUAUUGUGCAAAAAUGAUUAAAUAAUAUUUUGUAUAAAAUUUUUAAAAAAUAAUUUUUAUAGUAUACAGGGUGUCUGUUUAUUCCUAACAAGGCCGGUUGUAUAAUAUGUAAAAAAAAACUAAAAUAAAAACGUUCUAUUUUGGGAA